AUGGAUGACAACAAAGAUAUUCAGCUGAAGAAAAUACCGGCAUUCACUGUACUGAAAAACGGUUCCAUUCUCAAGAACAUCUUUCUUUUACGCAAGCCACCUCCCUUCUCCACCCAGGAAUCUACAGUCGAUUCAUCGUCAAUAAACCAAGAAUACGAUGAAGAAAUCUUGCUUGUUGGACGACACCCACAGUGCAACAUUACUCUGGAACACCCUAGUAUCAGCAGAUACCAUCUCCGUAUCCACUCAAAUCCGUCUUCUCAAAUGCUCUCCGUAAUCGAUCUAUCUUCAGUUCACGGGACAUGGGUAUCUGGAAAGAGGAUUGAAUCAGGGGUUCCCGUGAAACUGAAAGACGGAGACACGGUGAGGAUGGGUGGUUCAAGUAGGAUUUACGAGCUUCAUUGGGUUCCACUGAGCCAAGCUUAUGAUGUUGAUGACCCCUUCAUCCCUGCGGUCUAUGCCUUCAAAACAAAGCAGGAUGAGAAUUGCUUGUGUCCAUCUGAUGAUGAUUUGGAGAGUUUGAAUUUACAGAAAUUGAACCCAUUGACAUCUCCUUACUGCUCAAAUUUGUGUUCUGAUGAUACUGAGGUAGAACACUCUAGUCCAUCUGACGGAAAUGGUGAAAUCUUUAGCACUUCCUUGGUUCAGCCUUCACCUGUUCUCUUUGAAACUAUAUCUGCAAUUGAAGAUUCCGACUGCCGAAACAAAUUAGAAAAUCAAUCGAAUUGGUCGGAGAACAAAAUGAGUGACGAAUUUGAGCAGCUCAGUAAUGAGACCAUCGAUAAAGAUCUGUUUUCUGUGCCAAACUGCUCAAGCUCAUCUCGUGAUGAUAUGGAGGUAGAACACUCAAGUCCAUGGAAAACAGGCAAUGAAAGUGGUGAAAUCUUAUCCGCCUUUCCAGUUCAGGCUCCACUUGUGGUCUCAGAAACUAUAUCUGCAUCAGAAAUUUCUGACACCAACUUAAACAAAUCAGAUCAAUCGAGCAUGAAGGAUGAUCUGGUUUCUGGGGCUUCUUUUGUCGCUAUUAUACAAGGAAAAGAUGCUUUAGAUCAAGACAUAGCAAGCGACAAUGAGAUUGAUGAAGGCAGUGAAUAUGAAACAGUAAAUCAACAAAAAAUUGAGAAUAGUCCAGUUCCCAUGGCCCUUUGCAGUGGUGUAAAUAGAGAUGAAAAUGGGUUUUUUAUGCCACUUAGAGCAGAAGGCGAGCAUGUCAACAUGGGCUGUGAUUCUGAGCAGAUGAAUCAAACUAAAAUGAUGGAUGGAUCUGCUUUUGUGGUUCUUUUUGAUGGUGUAGGCAGCAAGAUGAACGAUGAUGUCAUUUGCAAAUCAAUCAUAUCAAGAGAAGAGGUAGAUAUGGGUGUCAAACUUGAAUUGUUUGAUCAGGAGACACCAAAGAAAGAUUCAGUUCUUGUGACUCUUCCUGAUGGAAUACACAUGGAUCAAGAACAAACUUUUACUCCAGAUAUAUCAAGAACCAAAGAAGUCGAUAUAAAUCUGGAGGCAAUGCAUAAUGCAUCAGUUUCCAUGAAUCUUUUUGACAGUUCAGAUGGAAAUGAAUUGGAGAUUUUUACUCCAGGCAAGGAGAAUAACAAUCCCAAUGCUUGUUCUGUAAAAUCUUUGAAACGAAGAUGGAAGGAAGAUGAACAUGAGCAAUCAACCCACUGCACAAUGUCAAAGAAAGCUGUUAAUCCUGCUGACAAUGAGGAAAAAGACAUUUUCGGGUUUUCAGAAAAAUUGUUUACUACAGAUGGAGAGAAGUUUGUCUGUGAUACGUUUUUGCAGAGAUCACCAGAUACGAUAUUGUUUUCUUCUUUAGAAAAAGAGACCAAAUCAAGAGCGAUGAAAAUGGAAGGAAGCUACAACUCCAUCAACUACCCUCAAACCGUUCAAAAGGUCAUCGAUUCAUCUCAUAACAUCAUGGGAGUGGCAAAGAAAAGAUGGACCAUGGUGGUGGACACUAACAGUCUUCUACACAAUGAGUCUUUGAAGCAUUUGAAACUUCUGCAAGGCCUCAUAGGAACUCAACUUUUUGUUCCCAAAAUCGUCAUGAGGGAACUGAUGGACAUAAAGGGUCAAGAUGAUAUCCCGAAAAAAAGUACAAAAAAGGUUUCUUUAGCUUUGAAAUGGAUUGACGAAUGUAUGGUGGAUACAAAAUGGUGGAUUCACGUGGAUGAUGAAAUCCUUCAUUCAUCAGAAGCAGAACUUGAAGUCCUUGAAACCGCCCUCCAUUUAUGUAAAAAAAUUACAGAUCGAAAGAUUAUCAUUCUUAGCAAUGAUCUCACACUGAAGAUCAAAGCCAUGGCAGAAGGAGUUAAGUGCGAAGCAGCAGAAGAAUUUCGUAGGAGUCUUGUGAAUCCAUUUUCAGAGCGGUUUAUGUGGGUUGGGAGCUCAGCCAGAGGACCAACUUGGUCCUUUAUAGAUGAUGAUAUCCUGAGACAAAAAUACCAUGGAUGCACUGUGAAUGCUUCAUACAGGUUGAAGGGUUUGAAGCUAGUGGCGAAUUUCUGAUGACUAUAUAGCUUUUAAUUCUGCUUGUGUGAAUCAUUUUUUGUCCUCAAAACCAUAAAUCAAUGCACCUUGUUUGGCUUCGGUUC